AUGCUGAAUAAUAGGAGCUUUGGUGUUUGGUUCAAAUACAAAUGGGUGGCGUGGGUUCCUCUUAAAUGCAACAUUUUAGCGUGGCGAGCCGAAAUGGGGCGGGUUCCGACUGCCACGGCUCUUUCGAGGAGAGGAGUUCACCUGCAGUCCGAUGUCUGCAGCCUUUGCAACGUCUUCCCUGAAACAGUUAAGCAUUUGUUCGUGGACUGUGGUUUUACGUCUGGGGUGUUGACGGCUAUCGGAAGAUGGUGCGGUUUAAAUAUUCAACAGGUUGUCGACGUUCGAGAGCUGCUCUGCUGCUAUAAAAAUGCAACAGCUGACAAAAAGUGCAGGAAGCUGAUCUGCGGUCUGUUCAUUGUUAUGGUGUGGGCUAUUUGGGGCGCUAGGAACGACAAGAUAUUUCGUCAUAAAGAGCCUAAGGUGGUUGAAGUGGUCGCGUCCAUCAAAUCUCUCUCUUUUUUUGUGGUUUAG